AUGUCACUGGUAGAGAAAAAGCAAGAAGCUGAUUACACAAAAGAUGUGGAUGCAGCGGAAGCACAAGUAGAGUCAUUGGCAAAAUCUGGAAAAGUAAACGAAGCCCUUGAACAGAUCUUGGCACUCGAAAAGAAAGCACGUAAUGGUGCUGAUUUGGCAAGCACAUCCAGAUUAUUAUUGAUGGCCGUUUUGUUGUUACGUACCACUCCAAGUGUUACACAACCUUCGUUUGACCAAUUGAACGAAACAAUCUCAGCGCUUUCAAAGAGACAUGGCCAGUUAAAACAAGCUGUCACAAAGAUGGUAGGAGCGGCAAUGUGUUUCUUAUUCGCACCUGGAAUUGGAGAAUCAGGCAAGAGACCAGAAGAUCGUGCAGCAGAAGAAGAAGAUGACGGAGAGGAGACUUUGGAAAAGAAACCAAAAGAAGACAAAGCAAAGGAAGCUGUCAAGACUGCAAAAAACGAUACUCCAGAUGAUGCAGAAAAAGCAGAGAAACGACAAAAGAUGAAAGAGGCAAUCGAUAUUGAUGACAAAGGUGAAGGACAGGAGAACGAAGGAGUGAAGAGAUUGAUGGAAAAAGCAAAGAGCAUUGGAGAUCAAGGGCUUACGGAAGCACAAAAGCUGCAAUUAGUAGAAACCAUUAGACAAGUUACUGAAGGAAAGAUCUUUGUUGAAGUGGCAAGAGCGCGUUCGACCCUCCUAUUGGCACAAAUGUUGGAACGGGAUGGCAAGACAACAGAAGCAGCAGAAAAGCUAGGUGAUCUUGCCGUCGAAACAUUUGGAAGUAUGGACAGACGUGAAAAGCACGAAAUCAUUCUAGAACAAAUGCGUUUGUACAAAGCUGCUGGAGAUUGGGCAAGAAUGGGCAUCACAGGAAAAAAGAUCAACACAAAGUUCUUUGCAAAAGGAAAACAUGCCGAUUUGAAACUACGCUUUUACGAUUUGAUGAUCAUCCUUUCGCUGCAUAACAGAAAGACUCUAGACGUCUGCAAGCAUUACCACGAAAUUUACGAUACAAAACCAAUCAAGGAUGACUCCUCUAAAGCCGCUGAAGCGUUGCGAAACAUUGUCGUCUUCCUUGUUUUGAGUCCGUAUGACAAUGAGCAAAGCGACUUGAUGGCACGAACUGAACGAUUGGAAGACCUCGACAAGGUUCCAGAACAUAAAAAUUUACUCAAAUGCUUUACCACCCCAGAAUUGAUGCGAUGGCCCGGAAUUGAAGCUCUAUACAGCCCAAUUUUGCGAAACACAUCAACAUUUGACAAGUCUGAAGAGGGAGAAUACCGUUGGGAGGAGCUUCACAAACGAGUCGUCGAGCACAAUAUCCGUACAGUAGCAAGAUAUUACACAAAGAUUACCCUACAGCGACUAUCACAAUUAUUGGACCUCUCUCAAGAUGCAACAGAAACAUCUUUGGCAGGCUUGGUGACCAAUCAUACCGUUCAUGCACGAAUUGAUCGCCCGGCCGGUUUGGUGAACUUUGAGAAGAAGAAAGAUGUCGCCGAACAAUUGAACGGAUGGACACACGAUAUGACUUCCUUGCUCAAUCUUGUCGAGAAUACAUCUCAUUUGAUUGCAAGAGAAUACGCUGUCAGUCGAGCUGGUCUAACGGCCGCCGCAGCUACUACUUCAUCAUGAUUGUUAGUGUUUUUGUUGUACAUGUGUAAUAAAAUACAAUAUAAUCUCAUUAUCAAGCUUCUUGAAAGACU